CUCAUCUUCUACGGAGGGCCGAUAGGACCGACGGAGAGGUUGUGGCGCGAGGGCUAGUUCCUCUACACUGGGAGCGUCCGUGGGAGGCAAGCUGGAUGAGCACCGGUCAUGCGGAGAAUAUUGGUUGGAGCAAUAUGCAUGAGUUCAUCAGACCUCCUAUCGGGAUGGGGGCCAUAGGGGAGAAGAGCAAUCACAAAGCCAGUGUACGGAAGCAAUCUUUUGCCCAUAAUAGAUGAGGGACACACUGGCACUGCAUUGUGUAGCGGAGAAAGAUCGGAGGGAAGGCGCGAAAAGAGACAAGAUCGGACAGGGAAUUGAUGUCACGUGAGCUCGCUGACAAAGAUUCCACCCACGUGAUGAGGCUUUUUCUACGAUGUGGUAUCAAGGACAUUUGGUCGUCUCGAGCACAGCACUCAGGGUGUGACGGCUGGGAGACUGGGGACUGAUCGAUGUUGUCGCUGUCGAGUGUGCAAGGACAAUCGCAUAAGAUGGGUUGAGGGUUCCUCAGAGUAAGGUGCAUCGCCUGCCACAAGCCCACGACAAGCAGCUUUGGCGAUGAUGUGAUGUGUCGAACGGCCAUGCCACAGGCCGCCAUUCGAUUUCCUCUUGCGAUCUCCCAGACGAUAAUGCAAUAGGUGUCCGAUUUAGCCAUCAACACUACGUGGCGGCUCAUGCCAACCCAAACAAGCACUUGCCAAACUCCGUGUCCUUGAGCUUCACAACGCCUGAAAAUGCCAAUCGGUCCAUUUUGGAAACUCCAUGCCUGUCAUAAUGCAACACAAACACAUAUCCCAGCCGAAAAAUAGGUUGAUCAAAGCCGCUAAGAGCAUCGCUCCGCCGACUGGCAAGGCUAUAACUCUAGAAACUCCAUCAAGUCCGCAUCUUCGUCCUAUGCAAAGCCAGGUAUCAGCUAAGUUCGGCAUUAACAUCCUCGGCUCUCGGUUGCUCUCGCCAAACAUGAUAGUACUUUCGCUCAAGCAAGCAAGGACAAACAUGGCCUAUACGGCUGGCGUCUUCCCCGCCGGUAGCAUUGCUUCGAAAGCACCAUGUAGUAUAAAUCGGAGGACAGCGGAGGAAAUCACCUACCGUGGAAUAUACCAACCAUGCAACGCCCGUUGUUAAAGCGGCAAGCGCCGUAUAGCUGGUUACAUCCCGCACCGUCUCGGGGAAUCGAGAGGCUGUCCGUUGAUGCAUGGCGGCUGCUUUGGCCAGGAUCCGUUGUGAAGGUUCGUGAUGUACAGGUACAUGGUGACCGUGAGGCGCUGCAUGAGCAACUGGGCGUGACGCAUACAUUCGGAGUCCUUGGCGCAACCGAGCCACGGGGAUCCUGAUACGAGGCAUGGUAGGUAGAACCAGAAAGGCGCGAUAGCCAGGGAUAGCAGGGCUUCUUGAUUGGAGAUUCGAGAGUUCCGAUUUCACCGGUGCUUGAGGUUGUAGGGCUCAAGGUUGGCCUGAGGCUUGUCGCUUCGUAUCAAAUGGCUGAAGCUACUGUGAAUCCAAAUGUUACUAAGCCUGGUAUCUUCGUCUCAAGUCUAGCAGUUCAGCAUACUCUCAGAUAAUGACACUCGUCGAUGGUCGAUGUUGGAUUGCUUUUCCAAGCUCGGUCGAGUCAGGGUAACAAGAGCUAAGCUUGGUUCGUGGGGACAGUAUGGAUGACUGAUGAAGGGGAAUGGGACGAGUGGAUUAGCUGUUGUUCACAGACUCACUUUAUGAGGGCCACAGCCUCGAGAUCUCCCGGGUGGAAGGCCAUCGCCGAGGAUCGGAUGGAGACGACUGACGUUAUCUGAGGUACAUACUGAACUUACCUACCUUGUAUGCGGACCCUUCUCGCACGGUAACGGUCAUCUUCUUGACGAUGGCUUGUAUGAUUGAUCUCACAUCGACUCAAGAGGUCUUCUCCAGACUCGGUCGGUAGGCUCCCUCGCAAACACGGUAAUUAGCGUUGCGGAAAUGAUCCUUCACCGGUCAGGUUGUCCUCAGGACAGAAGACGGAUGAUGUACGCCACCUGAGUGACUGUCACGUUACGAAGAAUUCGUUACGAACACCAGCGCCGACGUCAGACCACCAGCGCCAACACCACCACUAUCCGUAUCUUUUUCUCGAAUCAUUCCCUACCACUAGUUGUAAACGGUCGCCCAUACAAUGUACUGCCGAAACAUUCAACCACUUUACCUAGAUCCUCUGUACAAUACCUGAUGUUGAGAGAGAGAUGAAUAAUCCAAGUUCAGUGCCACCUUGUUCACCUGUAUGCAGAGGUCCUAGUAGCCAUGACAGCUCCGGCCCAGUGUUCGCAAGCGAUUGGACAGCAUUGCGGAAUUCGAAAGCCGCACUGGCAGGUUCCGCAGUACUGCAUCACUCGCCUCAAAGCACCGCCACAAAAUGGCACUGAGCAACUUGUGGCUUGCCAAAGCGACCAGGAUGAGCUCCAGCACAGGACUGUAGCAGUUCAAGCUUAUCGCCGCACUCCCACAACCCAGCCCAGCACAUAAUAUCCUUUUUGAGCUCAUGCCAACCUGUUCGAAUCAUUUUGAACCCCCUCAGUGACCUCGUUCAUCACAAGAGCUUGCAAACACGAUGAACGAAGUCCUACUCUCAUCACGUUGAAGCUUGCAACGUGCCAGGCCCGAUACAUGUUAUCAUCGCCCAUAUCUUCGUUCUCUGUCCUGUCCCACAUCCUGCUGGACCAGGGGACCCUCUUCCCAACCCACUCGAAUCACAGAUCCGGUCCGGAUCUGGAAGUUGUGCCAGCACCCGAUCAUUGGCUACAAAGAAACAGUACUCGCUCCAAAUCCUCGCUCCACUGCUGCAAGUUCUCUCGAUGGUGCUGGAGCUGGAGCUAGAGCCAGCGACUAGUUUCGUAGCGGGCUGCUGUACUACUGACUGAAGCAACAGCUACUUGAAUCAUAUCUUACCCACUUGACAGUGAACCCCGGACUCGCGAAGCAUGGCAUGGGUGGAGGUGGCCUCCUAUUACCGACUACGGCACUCACACAACGAGACCUCCGACGACCUCACAAGUGGACUCUCGAGGUGGACUUCCUGCUGUCUCUCUUGAGAAAACAUGUGGUCUCAAAGCCCACAAUUAAUACGACAAUAGCCAGUCAGCAUUGCCAAACGACCCUCUCGGAUAAGGUAUUCUUGCAUUGAAAUGGAUCCUCUACUGGGAGUAGGUAGGUAUCCGGAGCAUGUUUUUCGGAAAUGGAACGCCGAGAUAGAUGUUCUAAAGCCUUGCAAGCGAGGCAAGGCAAGGCAUGGCAUUUUUACUGUCCUCGACAUACAAACUGUUCAAGCGUACGUAACCCGUUCGUGCUCGGUUUCUCGGCUUUUCUUGUCUUCAUGCCACUGUAUCGACCACCAAGUCAUCCAUGUGCCUACAGUAGCUUCAAGUUGUAGAUUACGUCUUCACGGUGGAUCAUUGCGCAAGCCAGAAACAAUGUCCUGUCCAUUUCUUACUUUUUUUCGCACAACUGGGCUAUUUCCUGCUCCAAAGACACACUGAAACGAGGCGGCUGCUGAAGGAGAUAUACCUAUAUCGCAUUUAAAUUGUGUUACCAGUAUUCGCUUGUCAUGCAGAAUACACGUACUGUAUCUCCUCCUAAGUUGGGGGCAUCAUUAUCGUCGUCAUCGUCAUCAAAGAUAGCAAAAAUACAGGUAACACUUCGCUCCCC